CUAAUACACAACAAAUCACAGUUAAAGGGAGAGCAGAGCAAAUGAGUUCCUACUUUGUGAAUAGCACUUUUCCUGGUAGCGUGCCCACUAGCCAGGACUCUUUUCUCGGGCAGAUCCCUAUUUGUACUGCUGGGUACGAUGCAUUGAGGCAUUACCCAUCUUCAUAUGGGACAGCAGCCCUGCAAGACAAGGCAUACUCUACACCUUGUUUUUAUCAACAGCCUAAUGCACUACUUAGUUGCAGCAGUACGUCUUACGAAUAUAAUGCACCCUGUUUUUACCAAGAGAAAGACCCAGCUAACUCUUCACCGUGUGGCAAGCAAAGGACACAUGCCGACUAUUUGCAUUUUACUACUGAUCAAGCCUACCCGUCUGAAUGUUUGCAAAACAACUUUUUAAACAACGAAGCAAGCGGCCGGAAAUACAACGGUGCCGUUUAUCCUUGGAUGCAACGAAUGCAUUCUUGCGUUGGUUCGACUUGUGGUGUCCAUGGCAGACGAGGAAGGCAGACUUAUACCAGAUACCAAACUUUAGAGUUAGAAAAAGAAUUUCAUUUCAAUAGAUAUUUAACCAGGAGACGUAGAAUUGAAAUUGCAAACGCACUUUGUCUCACAGAGCGUCAGAUCAAAAUCUGGUUCCAAAACAGGCGGAUGAAAUGGAAAAAAGAAAACAAACUUUUGAAUUCUGUCAGUCAUACUAGCCAGUCAGAAGAAGAACAGGGAAGUGUAGUGUAGCCUUUUACAGGAUGAUAGAGAAAACCUCGCUGGCAGUCGAGUUCCAUCUCUUAAAAAUGAUUAGAACUGCAUUUAAAGACGCUGCUAUGCUUUGUUAUGUACAGUAUUUCUGUAAGCAGCAGUCUUCUUAA